AUGACACCCAAAGUCUAUCGUGCACCAUUGACGGUGGCUAUCAUUGGUGGUGGCAUUGGCGGACUAUGCACUGCCCUUUCGCUUCACCACCACUGCGGAUCGUCAGUUGAUAUAAAUGUAUAUGAGCAAGCUCCACAAUACAAAGAAAUCGGCGCAGGCGUUGGUAUCGGCGUCAACGCCGCGAAGUUGCUGAACAAACUAGGUAUAGCCGACGCAGUGUCCAAGAUAUCUGGGAAACGCAGCAAGGUGUGGAUCAGCUUCCGGAAAUUCGAUGAUGGAACAGAUGUCGUGACAGUGCCCUCCGCCGAUACAGAAGAGAUCAAGCAAUUGCCGGUGCACCGUGCAGAAUUCCUUGAUCUUCUUGUGGAUAUCAUAAAUCAGAGGGAGGCUGCGAAGCUCCAUACCAAUAAAUGUUGUGCUAAACUUACGCUAAUUGGCGAGCAGGAUUUGGAAAACGAGGUCCUGAUCGCGUUUCAAGACGGGACGACUGUUACAGCAAACCUGGUUAUCGGUUGCGAUGGUAUACACUCUGCUGUCAGAAGCCAAUUCGCAACCGAUAAACCAGAAUAUAGUGGUCGUAUCGCAUACCGUGGAUUGGUACCGAUAUCAGAGAUUCAGGACUGGUGGGGUUUUGACACUUACGCUGUAACAUGGCUUGGAAAGAAUCGUCACUUCUUGUGUUUUCCCAUAUCCAAUAACAGGACACUAAACAUUGUCGCGUUUGUGGCCGAAAAGGAAGAAAACCUAGGCGACCUAAUAGAAAGCUGGACGGCGCUCGGUCAUAAAGCAGAGAUCUUCGAGGCUUUCAACGGGUUUGAGGAAAAGGUCCAGAAGCUGAUCAGAUUGAUGCCUGAACAACCUUCAAAAUGGCUGAUUAAUGAUCGAAAACCUCUGGACCAGUGGACAUACUUGGACGGCAAGGUUGUAUUAUUGGGAGAUGCUGCCCAUGCUAUGACCCCCCAUCAAGGUGCUGGUGCAGGCCAGGCUAUCGAAGACGGAUAUAUCCUUGGUCGGGCACUUAAAGAUUACUUGGGAAGCCCGUCCCCUCCGAAGCCAGGCGACCUAGAAACUUGGGCUCAAGUAUAUCAGCACGUACGCCUUCCACGUGCGCAAAAGGUUGCCAGAACUUCCCGAGAUGCUGUCGAGAUCUAUCAAGCUCAGGCAGAUUUCAUGAAAGACCUACCUUUCGACCAGUGUGUGCCUGAGAUCAACCGGCGAGUCCAAGCCCGUAUGGGAUGGAUAUGGACGGAUGAUAUUGACGCGGAAUACGACUUAGCAGUAGAGAACCGCAGAAAGCCAUAA